AUGGCAUCUGAAAAGCUGAAACCCAAGCAAGUCAGUGUUGGUCUGACUGCUAAGGAGGGGGCAACUGCUAAUACUCCUGUACUCACUGACAACACUAUCGCAGGCGCAGUGACCAUCAAUUACAACAACACUGCAGGAAACGAGACACAAAAAGUCUCAGAGACAGCAGAGCAACAAUCUGAAAAAAAAGCAAAUUUGAUUCUAAAAGAUUUUUUGGAUAGUCACAAAUCCAGCAUGAAGAAUAAAGCUAAAUGUAUUUUUGAGGGCAAGAAAGAAAAAGAAGCACAUCUCCAGGUUGUUUACACAGAGCUCUUCAUCACAGAGGGAGACAUGAAAGAUGUCAAUCAGGAACAUGAGAUUCUGAAGAUUGAUGAUGCUUUCAAGAACAAAAAAACACAGGACAAACCAAUCGACUGCAAUAACAUAUUUACAUUAUUAAGGGAAAAAAGUACUGAGAGAAAUUUUGUGCUUACCAAGGGAGUCGCUGGCAUUGGAAAAACUGUCUUUGUGCACAAGUUCAUCCUGGACUGGGCAGAAGGAAAAGCCAGUAAGGAUAUAGACUGUGUGUUCCUGCUUCCAUUCAAAGAGAUUAGCAGAAUAAAAGACAACGAGUUCAGUCUCCAUGAGUUUCUGCAGAAAUUUUAUGCUGAAUUGAAGAACCUGGAAAAAUCAAAGUUAUAUGAACGUAAACUUGCCUUUAUAUUUGAUGGACUUGAUGAGAGUUGCCUGCCUUUGAACUUUAAAAGUGAAAUUCAGAGUGUUGAAGAAAGAUCAUCUGUAGAUGUGCUGUUCACAAAUCUGGUAAAAGGGAAUCUGCUUCCAUCAGCUCUGGUCUGGGUGACCUCACGACCAGCAGCAGCCAAUCAGAUCCCUCCUGAACAUGUGGGUUUGUUCACUGAGGUGCGAGGAUUCACUGACCAGCAGAAAAAGCAGUACUUCAGAAAGAGAAUCACAGAUAAGACUCAGGCCUCCAGAAUCAUCUCACACAUUAAGACGUUUCGUAGUCUCAACAUCAUGUGCCACAUUCCUGUGUUCUGCUGGAUCACAGCCACAGUACUUCAGGAUAUUAUCAUCAACAACAGUGACAUCAGCACAACACUCACUGAAAUGUACAUCCACUUCCUGCUGAUACAGGUGAAAAUUAAGUGCCUGAAGUAUGAUGAACAAGAAGAAAGAGAAUGUGCAAAGUACUUAAAUUCAAACAGAGCAAUGAUUUUGAAGUUAGCCAAGCUAGCAUUUGAACAGCUGAAGAAGAAAAACAUUGUGUUCUAUGAGGAAGAUCUGAAAGCAUGUGGUAUUGAUGCGAGUAAAGACACUGAGUUCACAGGAAUGAUCGCUGAGAUCUUUAAGAAGAUAAAUGGACUUCAUGAGAAGAAGCUCUUCUGCUUUGUGCAUCUGAGUGUUCAAGAGUUUCUCGCUGCAGUGCAUGUGUUCCUCUGUUACCUGAGCAAGAACAUGCAGGAGCUUCAGUUUUUCUUUGAUAGUCCCAAAGAAAAUGUUACAUUGCAGGAACUUCUGCAGAAGGCUAUUGAUAAAGCCAUGAAGAGUCAGAAAGGACAUCUGGACCUGUUUCUGCGGUUUCUGAUGGGCAUUACACUGGAAUCCAGCCAAAACUUGCUCCAAGGCCUGAUCCCACACACUGAAGACACCACAGAGAGCAUCAGACAAACAACUCAAUACAUUACACAAGAACAAGACAAGAAUAUCUCAGAUGAAGCUUCAGUCAACCUAUUCUACUGCUUACUUGAGCUCAAUGAUCGUUCAUUAUAUGAGGAACUCCAGAGAUACCUCAGUUCAGAUGCACAUCCAGGAAGAGACCUCUCAUCUUCAAUGUGUUCAGUGCUGAUCUGCGUACUGCUGAUGUCAGAGAAGGUGCUGGAUGACUUCAACCCAAAGAGGUUCACGUCAUCACAAGAAGGCUUAACAAGACUUGUUCCAGCUGUGAGAUGCUGCAGAAAAGCCUUAUUUGACAGCUGUGGUUUUGAUGAAACAUGCUGUGAAACUGUGUCUUCAGCUCUCCAAUCAUCAAACUCUCAUCUGACAGAGCUGGACCUGAGUAACAAUGACCUGAAGGAUUCGGGAGUGAAACUACUUUCUGAUGGACUGAAGAGUCCAAACUGUAAGCUGGAGAUACUGAGGUUGUCUGGGUGUAUGGUGACAGAGGAAGGCUGUCAUUACAUAUUUUCAGCUCUGAGUUCAAACACCUCACACCUGAGAGAGCUGGAUCUGAGCUUCAAUCACCCAGGAGAUUCAGGAGUCAAGCUGCUCUCUGAAAAACAGAGGGAUCCAGACUGUUCACUGGAGAAACUCAAGUUGUCUGGGUGUAUGGUGACAGAGGAAGGCUGUCAUUACAUAUUUUCAGCUCUGAGUUCAAACACCUCACACCUGAGAGAGCUGGAUCUGAGCUUCAAUCACCCAGGAGAUUCAGGAGUCAAGCUGCUCUCUGAAAAACAGAGGGAUCCAGACUGUUCACUGGAGAAACUCAAUGUGGAUCAUGGAGGACAAUCCAGGAUUACAGCAGGAGUAAAGAAAUAUUCCCAUCAGUUCAGUCUGGAUCUGAACACAGUGAAUAAACACCUCAGUCUGUCUGAGAACAACAGAGUGAUUACUCGCACUGACACAGUCCAGCCGUAUCCUGAUCAUCCAGACAGAUUUGAUGUGUGUCGUCAGGUGUUGUGUAGAGAGAGUGUGUGUGGACGCUGUUACUGGGAGAUCGAGUGGAGUGGGAGAGAAGUGCGUAUAUCAGUGUCAUAUAAGAGCAUCAGCAGGAAGGGACGGGGUGAUGAGUGUUGGUUUGGACGUAAUGUUCAGUCCUGGAGUUUGUACUGCUCUCCUGACAGAUACUCAUUCAGACACAAUAACACACAGACUGCUCUCUCUGUGAAGCCCAUCAGCAGGAGAAUAGGAGUGUAUGGUAAUGUCUAUAGAGUAGGAGUGUAUGUGGAUGAGAGUGCAGGAACUCUGUCCUUCUACAGCGUCUCUGACACAACGAGCCUCAUCCACACAGUCCACACCACAUUCACUCAGCCGCUCUAUCCUGGGUUUAGAGUUUAUGGAUCAGUAAACUUUGUUGAUGAAUCAGAAUAGACUGAUGAGAGAUUCUACCCAUAAUGCUUUGAGCUGCAUGAUAAAUCAGUAACAGUGAGAUGUUAUAGAGUCUCUUCUUUUCUCUUUGUGACAUUAAUACUGCAGCUGAACUGUAAGUGAAAUAACAUGAAUCAGAAUAAAUGUGUGUAAUACAUCCCCAUCUAUACAGUAAGAUCAGUGUGUGAUGAUUUGUUUUUCUGUGCUUUUCUCAAACUCUACUUGUGCUGAUUAAAAUCACUUCUGAUUAAGUCUCACAUCAAUCAUUGAUAUACUAUCA